UUUCUGACCGUCUGUGAGCAGAACAGAGCAGAGGGGUCAUCGAUGGCGAGAGGGAGAAUAGGGAAGGGAGCGGCGUCGGAGGAAGAAUCGACGAUGAAGAAGGUGAAGGAGUGGAGCACGUGGACGCUGAAGAAGGCGAAGGUGGUGGUCCACUACGGCUUCAUCCCGGUGGUCAUCAUCAUCGGCAUGAACUCCGAGCCCAAGCCCCAGCUCUACCAGCUCCUCACCCCUGUUUGAGUUCCGAUUCUCUCUCUCCCCCUUUUUUUCUUUUCGGCCUUCAAAUGCAUCCGUCGACUUCACUUUCUGUUGUCUGAGUCUCCAUCUUCCUCUUCGUUUGCUUAUUGAUGGCAGCUAGUUAGUUAGUCAGUCAGCUAUGAAUUGAUGCGAAAUGAUCUUCGCUUGCUAUUGUAAUACUUCUUGAUCGAUGGCGCUUUACAUGAAUGAAUAUCGAUGAGUUCCUGAUCCUUCAGUUCU